AUACAAUUAAAUUAAAAGUCUAGCAAUCUCUUAGGUAUAAGAGAACAAACAAGCUUGUUAAUAACAAAACAUCUGAGAACAAAGAUCUUAAAGAGUUCUAUCGACAAACUGUCCGAAUCGUCCUAAUGACGUCUUAUGUAGGCACUUAUUGUUGUUUAUUAGGUUUUCUUUUCGAUUAACUUUUAUUUAAAAAAAAAAUAAAUAAAAAAAAGUGUUUUAUUGAAAUUUACGUGCCCCAGUUUUGUUGCAGCAGUGAUUUACCAUGAAGUCCGUUAUGAUGAAAAUAAUUUUGAAAUGUCAAUAUCGAAAAGAAAAGAAAAGAAAAGAAAAGAAAAGAAAAAUAAUUGGUUUAAUGUUGUUGACUCGCAAAACUAUCGGACCGGUUCAGCCCGAGGUGAACAAAAAGAUUUAGACCGAAUUUGUAAACCUUUAGCCUUGAUACUAAAUAAGUAGUUUUGACCAGUAACAAAACGUAUAUAUAUAUUUAAAAACGACAACGUUUGUGUUAUGUAUGUCCAUAUCAGCAUGCAGAAAUAUUUUGUGCUAUCCUCAUUUAUUUAUUUUAUGACGAAUUGUGAAGCAUGUUCUGCAAAAAAAAGUUAUUCUCCAAACAGUGGACAGGCAGAGCCUCUCACCGCUGGGCAUGAAAGCGGAUAUGACGACAUUCAUUGACCAAAGUGCAUCAUGGGGCUCGGAUAAUAACAACAAAGGAGCAAAACUGUACUUCGAUUAUGCUUCAGUAAUGGUGCUAUAAACGCUAAAUUAUUUUGCACGGUUGUCCGAUUUUUUUUAGUGAAGACCUCACAACUGCUGUUGAAUAUAAUAUGCAAUAAUGUACAAAGAGAAUCGAUUAUAAAGUUUAAAUGAGCUAUCUGUAAGCUGUGCUCUUGCCAAUUUUCCGUAUUUUCUUCUUCGUUAAGUUUUUUUUUUACUAUUAUUAUUUACUAAAGCGAUUUUUAAGGACCAGUUGUAGAAAGAAAUAGUUUUUUUCUUCUUCUUUUCGGUAUGGAAAGCAGAAUAAUGCAGGUUUCCAACUCAAGCACAGAACCAGAGUCACUCCAGGCACCUUCUGCAGAAAUGUCAACCAGCAGAGCUGGAACAUCCCAGAAUGCACCUGCAAAAGGAAAAGGACUUUUGAAAAGGAAAGCUGGUUCUCUUAAGGAUGACAAAAGCAAAAAGAAAAAGAGAAAAAAUGUCAAACGAACUGUGAGACCAAAUUACACCAUCCAGGAGGGAGAGGACAUGCUUUUGAUUAUUUCAAAUAUAAGUAGUGGUGACAGUAUAUGGAAGCCCAAGCGGAAGGGAUGUAAGAAAAAAAAGUUAAACAAAAAAGGGAAAAGUAAAACCUCUGCUAACAAAACUAAAAAAGCACCAGUAAAAGCUAAAAUCCCUAAAGUCACAGAAGAAACUACUGAUAAAAAUGUUGAUUUGGACAAUGUGAAUGCUGUUAGGUUUGACCACUGGGGUCAGAGUUUACCAAUAGAGGUCCUGGUGAAAAUCUUUCAGUUUGCAGUUCACCAGGAUGGAGCAGUUCCUUUUCUGUGCAGGGUUGGCAGAGUUUGCCGUCUAUGGAAUGGAGCUGCAUCCUCUCCGGUCCUGUGGCGUAGUGUGUCAGUUGGCUACUGCUGGAUUGAACCCGGUAAGAGUCAGUUACCUGGGACAGAACAGAAGAUUAGGAACACUAUAGACUGGCUAGCUGAAAACAGAUUGUCACAGCUGAGGGAGUUCUCCCUUUGCCACUGGAAAAAACAUGUUGACUAUGUUAUCCAGAAAGUUUCACAAUCAUGCCCAAAUCUUCAUUCUCUCAAGCUGUCUUACUGCACAGGAAUGACAGAAACAGCCUUCCAAAUCCUUGGCGCUGACUGUCGUUCAUUAGAGAAUAUAAAUGUGCAACACUCAGAGUUUAAUGUUGAUGGUCUGGUGUCCUUCCUUGAGGGGUACGGCAACCAAAUAAAGAAAAUUUACUUCACGCACAGCACCAAGAGUGACAAACUGCUCAGUGCUUUGUCUAAAAGUUGCUGUCCUGAGCUCAGGCUGCUGGAGAUCAAUACUAAAUUAGAUGGAGGAUACUGCCAGCUUCCCAUCUGCAUUCAGGCUUUGCAGAUUGGAUGCCCUAAACUUCAGACUUUUAGAUUGAUGAAUGUCACUCCAGUUCCUAAAAUGAUCCGCAACACACCCAGUUCAACAUCCGGUUUUCCUAUGCUAGAGGAGCUGUGCAUUGCCACUUCCUCUCACUCCUUCAUGACAGACAGUGACCUGAACAAUGUGCUGCAUGGCUCCCCCCACCUGCGUGUGCUAGACCUGCGUGGUGCCUCCCGCAUCACAGCCACUGGCCUCUACGCUCUGCCUUUUGAGAAACUGGAGUGUCUAUAUUGGGGCCUGUACUUCAAUAGCAAUACCAUGGUAGCAUCCAAGAAAGGAAUACACAUGCUUGCCCAGAAAUGGAGCAGCACCCUCAGGGAGCUUGAUUUGGCCAACCAGCCAUUUUCAGAGGAAGACAUGGAGAUUGCCAUGGGACAUCUUGCACAUGGUGCUGGAGUUGAUUUGUUUCGCUCCCUGAACCUCAGUGGUACAAAAAUCACUUCAUCUGCACUCAGGUUAUUCAUAACCCAGGCACCAGCUCUGAAGUAUUUGAAUCUGUCUUCUUGCCGGUAUCUGCCCAGAGGGCUCAAACGAGUAUAUCAUGGUCAAGAAGACAUUCAGCUUCUCCUGGACAAAUUAGGCUGAACAUGUGUGUAGCGCAGGAACAUUGUUGUGAUUUUGUAUAUAAAGAUAAAACCAUUUCCCAGUUAAUGUUAGACUUGCCAGUAAAUUCCCCCCCCCCCAAUAAAUAUUUGUGUAUCUUUACUGCCCUUCUCUGCUACUAUUUUUCUCAUGUUCACGUGCUGGUAAUGCAAAAAAUGUCACAUGUUGUGAGCUUAUGAUAAUGUAAACAAGCCAUGUUUAAUAAAAGCACAAUGUUUAUAAUGAAA